AUGCUUAAAAUAAGUUGGACGGACAUGGUAUCAAACAAGGAAGUAUUAGAAAGAAUGUCUGUAAGAAGAACUUUAUGGAGUAGUAUCAAGAAAAGGAGAAAUGAAUGGAUUGGACAUGUAUUGAGACAUUGUGGGUUGCUAGGAUUAAUCAUAGAAGGUUGCGUGGAAGGAAAAAAUGCUAGGGGAAGACCACGAAUGGAAUAUAUGCAACAAAUANAUAAAGAGACAAAGAGGAAGGCAAGUAACAGGGAAGAGUGGAGAAUUGCUACAAACCAAUCUCAGGAUUGA